AGUUUUUCUGUUAACUCGUCGGCGACUGAACCUUCUUUCUUGUUCUUAUCUCAUUCUUGCUGACUUUUCCAUCGGCUAUGCCCAGCUGGGGCUGGAAGUGAGAAGAAUUGAACAGAUCAAAAACUACAAUUUCAUGGCAUUGGAAGCAGUAAAGUUCCAAGGAAGCCAUGGAACUCAUCAUCUGUGAAGGUGCAAUGCUAUUUCUUCUGUUUAAUCUUCUGUUCUUUUCUUGUUUUUGCCUGAAGGUUUCCAUUGCCAGAGACACCAUUACACUUGCACAGCCCAUUGCCGAUUCUGAUACCAUCAUCUCCAGCAACGGGGCUUUUGAAUUGGGAUUCUUCAGUCCUGCUAACACCACCAAUCGGUUUGUCGGAACCUGGUAUAGCAACAUCUCGGUGAAGACCGUGGUGUGGGUAGCUAAUAGAAAUAGGCCUUUGAUUGAUUCUUCCGGGACCAUCUCAAUAUCUGAAGACGGAAAUCUGGUGGUUUUGAAUGGACAGAAAGAGAUCAUUUGGUCUUCAAAUGCUUCAAUCUCAGCGGCAACAAAUGCCCAGCUGUUAGAUUCUGGGGACCUUGUCCUGCAGGAUAACUCGAGCGGAAAGACAAUUUGGGAGAGUUUUCAGUAUUCUUCGAACUCAUUUCUAGAGAAGAUGAAAAUCAGUAGUGAUGUGAAUACAGGGGAGAAAACCCUUUUGAAAUCAUGGAAAAGCCCUUCUGAUCCAUCAUUUGGCAGCUUCUAUUUGGGGAUUAAUCCUUUACCUGUACCUGAAAUAUUUGUAUGGAAAGAUGGUUCCCCUUAUUGGCGCUCUGGACCUUGGAAUGGUCAGAUCUUCAUCGGAGUUCAAGACAUGGUUUCUUUGUAUCUUAAUGGUUUUAAUGUUGUGGAUGAUAAACAAGGAACUGUCUAUAUGACUUUCACUUUUGCAGAUCAGUCUUCGCUAAUAUACUUCAUGCUAAAUCACAAUGGAACUUUGAUGGAGAAGUAUUGGAGUGAAGAGGAGCAAGAGUGGGAGGUUACCUGGCUGGCUCCAGCAACUGAGUGUGAAGUUUAUGGCAAGUGUGGGCCAUUUGGAAUUUGCAAUUCCAAGGGUUUGCCAAUUUGUUCUUGUUUGAAAGGAUUUGAGCCAAAGCACGUGGAGGAAUGGAACAGUGGGAACUUCUCCAGUGGUUGUGUCAGGAGGAUGCAAUUGCAAUGUGAGAGAAAUAGCAGUAGUAGCCAAAUGAGCAAGAAAGAUGGGUUUCUGAAGCUAACUAUGGUGAAGGCACCUGCGUUCGAAGAGUGGGCAGCUGCUCUACAAGAUGACUGUGAAGCCCAAUGCUUAAAGAAUUGUUCUUGUACAGCUUAUGCUUAUAAUUCAGGCAUCGGUUGCAUGUUAUGGAGUGGAAGCUUAUUAGACACACAGAAAUUUUCAAGAGAUGGGGUCGACCUUUACAUUCGUGUGGCCAAUUCGGAGCUAGAUAAAAACAGGGAUAUAAAAAUAAUUGUGAUACCAGUGAUCAUAGGAUCAAUUGUCAUUGUGGUAUGCGGGUGCCUUUUAUAUGCUCGGAUGGUUAAACAGAAAGGAAGGAAUGGUGUCAACAAGCUUCCCUUCAAGAAAUUUUUGACAUCUCCAGAGCAUUUGACUGAGAUUAUGCUUGGUGAAAAUGUGAGCCAAGACAAGCUAGAAGAACUACCAUUGUUCAAGUUCGAGGAGUUGACAAUUGCUACAAACAAUUUCCACAUAACUAAUAAGCUUGGUCAGGGUGGGUUUGGUCCAGUAUACAAGGGAAAAUUGCUAGACGGACAAAAAAUAGCGGUGAAAAGGCUUUCAAGAUCCUCUCAACAAGGGUUGAAAGAGUUUAUGAAUGAGGUUAUGGUGAUCUCUAAACUCCAACAUCGCAAUCUUGUUAGACUUUUCGGUUGCUGCAUAGAAAGAGAAGAAAAGAUGUUGAUUUAUGAGUACAUGCCGAAUAAAAGCUUGGAUGUAUUUCUAUUUGAUCCACAAAAACAAGAACUCCUAGAUUGGAGUAAACGACUCAAAAUCAUUGACGGUAUAAGUCGAGGCCUCCUCUACCUUCACCAGGAUUCUAGACUAAGGAUCAUUCAUCGAGAUCUCAAAGCAAGUAACAUUCUAUUAGAUGAAAGCCUGAGCCCAAAAAUUUCUGAUUUUGGCCUGGCAAGGAUUUUUGGUGCCAAUGAAGAUCAAGCGAAUACGAGAAGGAUUGUUGGAACAUAUGGAUAUAUGGCUCCAGAAUAUGCCAUGGAAGGGAGGUUUUCAGAGAAAUCAGAUGUAUUCGCCUUUGGAAUACUAUUAUUGGAGCUUGUAAGUGGAAGAAAGAACACUAGUUUCUACAAUGACGAACAAUUUUCUAACCUUUUAGGAUAUGCAUGGAAAUUGUGGAAUGAACACAAGGCUGUGGAACUAAUAGAUUCUGGGAUAGUUUCCCAGGGCUCACAAAUGGAGAUGUUGAGAUGCAUUCAUAUUGGCUUGCUGUGUGUACAGGAAUUUGCAAGAGAUAGGCCAACCAUGUCAAUGGUUCUGUCUAUGCUGAGCAGUGAAAUUGCUCAUCUGCCCCCUCCCAAGCAGCCUGCAUUCACUCAGCCAUCGCCCUCUGCACAAACACAAUCUGGACACCAAAACCCGGAGAGAUGUUCCACCAAUAAGUGCUCAAUUACAAUUAUAGAAGCUCGUUGAUAUUUCUAAUAGUUUAUACAAGGUCAUAUAUGGCUCAUUCAACUUCAAGUUCAGGAUCUAGCAGCAGUAUUUCAUCAAAAAAUAAGGAUGAGGAAAAUAGUCCAUUAUGGAAAUAUGUGACUAGAAUGGAGAAAAUGGGAGAAGGAGGGGGUAGUUGGAAAUGGACUUGCAACUUUUGUGGUUUGCAAAAAUUUGGGACAUACACAAGAGUUAGGGCUCAUCUAUUAAGUAUCAGUGGGAAAGGAAUUGCUUGUUGUAAAAAGGUAAGUCCUGAAAUUAUAGUUGAGAUGAAAAAAGUGAAAGAGAAGUUGAAGAAAGAUUAUCAAGUUUACAACAUAAGCAAGUGCCAUUACCGACUAGUAGUGUUUCUUUGGGGCCUUCUUUGUCUUUACAUGAACCAAGUGUUUUAGAACAUUUAAAGAAAAGAAAAUCCAUGGAUUCACCUCUUGCAAAAGCUUUUGACAUGCAAACUAGAGCACAAUUAGAUGCUGAGAUUGCUAGGAUGUUUUAUACUGGGGGUUUGCCUUUUAAUCUUGCUAGAAACCCAUAUUAUCUGAGUUCUUAUUCAUUUGCUGCUAAUCAUCCAUUAAGUGGUUAUGUGCCUCCGGGUUAUAAUAAGUUAAGGACCACAUUACUUCAACAAGAAAAGGUAAAUGUUGAAAAAUUGCUAGAACCUAUUAAAAGCACUUGGUUGGGAAAAGGUGUUAGCAUUGUUACUGAUGGUUGGAGUGACCCACAGAGAAGACCCUUGAUUAAUUUUUUGGUUGUUUCUGAAAAUGGUCCAAUGUUUAUCAAAUCUGUGAAUUGUUCAGGUGAAGUAAAGGAUAAACAAUUUAUUGCUAAUUUGAUGAAAGAGGUAAUAGAUGAAGUUGGUGACCAAAAAGUUAUACAAAUCAUUACUGAUAAUGCUGCUAAUUGCAAGGGAGCUGGGGAAAUCAUUGAGGGUAUGUUUCCACAUAUUUAUUGGACUCCUUGUAUUGUCCAUACACUUAAUCUUGCUUUGAAGAAUAUAUGUGCAGCUAGGAAUUUAGAAAGUAAUCAAGAGACAUAUGAUGAGUGUCAUUGGAUCACUGAAGUGCAUGGAGAUGCUUUGGUCAUAAAAAUUUUUAUAAUGAAUCAUUCAAUGAGAUUGACCAUGUUCAAUCGGUUUAGUUCUUUGAAGUUGCUUGCAAUUGCUGACACUCGAUUUGCUUCUAUUGUUGUUAUGCUUAAAAGAUUUAAACUUCUUAGACGUGCACUUGAAGCAAUGGUUAUGAGUGAUGAAUGGGCACAAUAUCGAGAUGAUGACCAAGGAAAAGCUCGAUUUAAACUUCUUGCUUUCACAGCACCUAUUUAUGACAUGCUUAGAGUUUGUGAUACAAACAAACCAUGCCUUCAUUUGGUCUAUGAGAUGUGGGAUUCUAUGAUUUUCAACAUGAAGAAGGUUAUUUAUGAUCAUGAAGGCAAGCUACCAAGUGAUUUUUCAUCAUUUUUUCAUGUCAUUCAUCGUAUUCUUCUUGCUCGUUGGACAAAACAUAGCACUCCAUUACAUUGCCUAGCUCAUUCUUUGAACCCGAGGUAAUUUUCAAAUUCAAUAUUUAUUUCUUACUAAUUCAAUACUCUAUGUAUUAUUCUUUUUAUUUUUAAAUUUUUGUUGAUUUUGUCUUUUGAAGGUAUUAUAGUGAUAAAUGGCUUCAAGAAAAAGAAGGUAGAAUGCCUCCACAUAUGGAUGGAGAUGUCUCCACACAAAGAAUGAAGUGUUUUAGGAGACUUUUUCCUAAUCCAGAUGAGCGUGCUAUUGUUGAUGAUGAGUUUGCUGAUUUUUCUCUCAAAAGUGGACCAUUUGGAGACCCAGAUGCUAUCUUGAAUAGCUAUGACAGGGAACCUAGGAAAUGGUGGGCAUGUUAUGGUUCACGUGCUCCUUUGCUUCAAAGGUUAGCUUUUAAGGUGCUUGGACAACCUACUUCUUCAUCUUGUUCUGAAAGGAAUUGGAGUACUUAUUCUUUCGUUCAUUCAUUUAGAAGGAAUAAAUUAACUCCAAAACGUGCAGAGGAUUUGGUCUUUGUUCAUAACAAUCUUCGUCUUUUAUCGAGAAACACCUCCCAAUAUUAUGACGAGAAGACAAAGAUGUGGGAUAUAGGUGGAGAUGAAUUUGGAAGUAUGGAAGAUAUGGGUAUUCUCGAAUUUGCUAAUCUCUCCUUAGAUGAACCAGAGUUGGAAUCUGUACUCUUUGACGAAGAUAUUAGCCAGUUUAUAGAGACAUAGCGUGAUGAACUGAAUGAACUUUUAUAAACUGGAUUAUGUUUGAUUCUGUUAUUUAAAUUCUAUGUUUGUUUUUAAUUACUAAGUCAUGUAAGGAUAAUAUAACUUUCUAAAUAUUGU